AUGGCGGCCCUCAGCUCGAAAGUUGCGGGAUGGCUGCGAGACUGGCGUGUGCAAGCAUUGGCGCUGCUUGCACUUUCCCUCCUGCUAGCCCUUCUACAAUACAGCAUCUCGUGGGGAGUGCUCUGCCUGUGUGAGCUGUUGCUUUUCCGCUUUGUGCCGAAACGGCGUGCCUAUGUGGACAUGGUGCUGCUGGCGCUACCCUGCCUGGUUUUAAUGACAUAUCUUGUUUUUGCUAUCGCACUGUCCGCCAUAGAUGGUGACAUGUUCUCGGACAUGUUCUUCAUAGUCGUUGCUGUUGCCUUGUGGUUCUGCCAACGCUUCUCGUUCUCAACUGGACGCUCUGGCUCUGUUAGCCCUUCUGCUCGGGUGGAAGAAGCACAAGGAAGCUCAGAGCGGAACCGAUGUUGUUGCAUAUGUUGCGGCUGUUGCGGAGUUGUCCUGGGCAUCUCCCUGGUUGGGCAGGUGGUCGGCAUGCUUAUGUACCUUGCAACCGUCCCCAGGCCCGAAUACACAGAGACUGCUAUCGCAUACUGGUGCUUGGGCGAGCCCAACAAGUCCCUCGUCGUCUUGGAGCCCGGCUACCUGGCCUCGCCGGGAACACUCUACUUCGUCCAGCAUGAACUCGCACAGACCACACGUGUUUGCAUCUACGACCCAGUGGGGACCGGCUUCAGCGGAGGCCAUGCUCCCAACUUCCGAAGUGAUGCAGCAGCCAUGAAGGACGUGGUGAGUUCGGAGCUGGCCAAGCAUGCUGAUAGCGACUCCUGGCAGAUCGUUGUUGGCGGCCACUCUCGAGGACACCUCACUGCAUGCCGCUUCUGGCUGGAUUAUUCCAGCGUCUACGACAGGCUCGCGGUACUGGGGUUUGAUGGCAGCCACUGCGGGCAGACAGCCUGUGGUUACUGCGAAGAUUUUGGAGUCAUUUUCGCGGCACUGCGACUUCUCAUAGCUCCAUUCUGGACGCUGUUUUCCGGAUUGCUUCGCCUGACGAUGGCCCUCUUUCAGGAGACCUUGAUGCAGGCAAUGGCGAGCAGGCCUGUGGAUUUUCCGGACUAUCCACCGGCAGCCGUGAUCCAGCUGUCUGAACCCUACUUCUGGCCCAAGCUCUGGCGGAGCCAAAGCUUGCGGGGGGAUGCAUGGCUCAACUCCUAUGAUGGUCCAACGUGGUCUCAGUGCUGGGAGCAGCAGUUGACCGCCACUUCAGUUUCAUCCAGCAGCCACCACCAUUUGUAUAUAGAUGCUUGGGGUGUUUGCACCGAACCCUGGUCAUGUGCAGAGCACAUGUCCAUCAUCUCGAGCAGCUGGUUCGCCAACAUUGCGAGUGCCAAGGCUGUAGAUUUUGUUGCCCGAUGA